UGAAGGUGGUUCUGGUACCAGAGGGUCAUGUGAUGACAGUGACCUUUGCUAUUGGGCUCAGGAUUGAGGAGCUGAAGGACCACCUGGCUUCAGAGCUCAGAGUUCCCCCCGAGGUCCUGCAGCUGACUCUGGAUGGCAGGGUGGUGGACGAGCAGAGACGUUUGAUGGAGCACGGUGUUCGGCCUCACAGCUCCAUCCGGAUGGAGGUGAGCUCCACAGACCCGUGCUCCCACUCGCUACGCCCUCUUCGUCCUGCGGAGCACGACAGCAUGCCUGAUGUCAUCACUGUCCAAGUCCAGAGAGAGGAGGGGGUGUUUGAAGAGGUGGUGGUGGAGAUUGAGCUUUCCUGCCACAAGAAGCCUUUCCUGGGAGGUUACAGGCACCGGCUGACAGGAGUGGAGUAUCAUCAUGCUGCUGUCCAGACCCUGCCCAAGAGGAGGCCCGACAGAGGAGUGGUCAUCUUCAGUCGUGACACACAGACAGCAGAGAUGAAGUGUCAGAUGCAGCAGUGCCCGGUCAACGCCUGCACUCAGAUGACUGGCAGCAGCUGCUUCAUCCCUUCUCUGAAUGACAAACUGCUGACUCCUGGGAAAUACAUCACUGCUGAGGAGAUUCAUGACAGGAGGCUGAAAGCUGUUAUCUGCCUGCAGACGUUUGCCCGCCGCUGGUUGGCCCAGCAGGCGGUGGAGCGGCUGAGGGGGGCGCGGAGGAGGCGUCUGGUCUGGCUGGAGAUGCAGAAAGAGAGGUUGCAGAAGGAGAAGAACGAGCAGCUGAGGGACCGGCGUGAGCGCUGGAUGAACCCUCAGAGGAAGGAGGACUUUAACUUGUUGUACCACACACUGGAGAAGUGGAGAAAAGAUGAAGAGCAGCAGAUAAACGCAACCCUGCGAGGAGCUGAGAGGAAGGCGGCUCUCUGCUCCCUGUUGGAGCAGGAGACGCAGCUGAUCGCUUCCAUCGAGCGCCAUCGCAUCCACGUCCACGCUGACAACCACGAUAAAAUCAUCAAAGACUUCCUGGACAGGUCUGCAGCUCCUCAUCGGUGGAGAGCAGCCAGUGGUCGUCUUCUGGAGAUGGACACUCCUCACAUCCUCCUAGCUCGAGAGCUGCGAGAUCUCUACAACAACAUCAGCAUGGAGCCCGUGGACAGGGAGCAGAGACAGCACUUCCUGAUGACUCUAAAAGACACUGUCAAGAAGCAGGACUGUCAGCUGACUCGAGACAUCGUGGAUUUGGUGAACCAGGAAGUGGACCUGAUGUCCCGUGAGGUCAGGUCAUGCAAUCUCCAGGGCCUGAGGAAGAGGAUCUGUGUUCUGUUUCUUCAGUACAUCAAAACACCAACGUUCAACCCUAAUGUGGCCAAACUGCUGAAGGUGCCCCAGGAUCUGUCCAAGCUGAAGAACGACAUAUUUCGGUGUCGUGGAUGUCAGCGGUACCUGCGCUCUGCUGACUUCAAGGGUUUGCAAAAUGCUUGGUGCCGCAACUGUACUGGAACGGACAACAUAGCUAGAUCUCGUGAUGAGCUCUCUCUGUACAAAAGUAUAUUGAUGAGGUUAAGAGAGGAUGAACAGCUGCUCGGCACAGAUGCUAAGAUCCCCUUCCUUCUGCAGGUGGAGGACAUGCGGUACCUGACAGAAACGGUUUGGGCGUCCCGCUCCGCUCUCAGCGGCAGCAGUGACCUCUACAAUCUGGUGUUUUCUCGCUGGGAGCGCCAGAAGGACUGGAGCCCCUGGAACUGCAUCCUGCUGUCCAAAGAAGAGACAUCAGCUCACUCAGAGGUUGAGGAUGUCCACCAGGUGUAUCAGACAACGCUCAUCUGCUGGAUUGAACGCAGACACAUGAUGGCCCGACAGCAUUUCAGCCACAUCCCUAAAAUGGCAAAACAUCUGGGAUCUGAACUAGCUGCUGUUUUGGGCAACCAGUCGGUGUCCAAAGCCAUCACCAAAGAGACUGGGAGUACAUCUCAUUAGGAAACUCCGUGUUUGUCAUUGUUUUCCAUUUCCAACACUCACAGCUGUAACAUUUCAGACAUUGUAGGGGAAAUAUUAAACUGAAUUCAUUUA